AUGGAUCGAACAGGCGACAGGCCAGCCCUCAACCUCUCCAACGGUGGCAGAGGGCUACCCGAGAAUCCUGCGCAAGGGCGAAGGAACAUGACCAACGGUGGCGGCUCGCUCAACAGCCUGCCUCCAAUGCCCACCGCGAUCCCCGCCAACGCCCGCAGCAUGUCAUCCACCUCAUCUUCGACACUCUCCGCGAACCCGCCUGUUUCCGCCGGCCAGGUCAUAGGCAUGGCGCGCCGAGCCAUGGCCGAAGCGCUCAAGGAACACGAGUCGCAGGCAGCCGAGGCCAGCGGGGUCAGCAACGAGUUGAAGCCCGGCGUUACCAUUGACUUGAGCCGCAAAAACAUACAGGAGCUUCCCGAAGAGAUCGUUGACGUGAUAAAACAUGAACUGGAGCGACUAGCACUUUCCCACAACAAAAUAUCGUCGUUCCCCGCCCGGUGGUCCGAAUGCUCAUCCUUGCGCUACCUAAACGUCCGGAACAAUGAGCUCCGGGAGUUCCCCCUACCGCUGUGUCAUCUCAAAAGUCUCGAAAUCCUUGAUCUGGGGCGCAACAAAAUCAAAUCGCUCCCCCCUGAAAUCGUCAAAUUGACUUCGUUGAAGGUCUUUGCCGUUCAAAAGAAUCGUAUCGAAGAGCUGCCCAUUUGCCUCGCGGACAUGGGCUCACUCCAGAUGAUCAAGCUGGAAGGCAAUCCUAUUCGAUUUCCACCUCCCGAGGUUCUGCAGGUGCAGGCAACAAGUCCUCCUAACGAGGGGCAUCUGAAAGAGAGUGAGGUCACAGAGUUGACGGUCACGGCCCACAUCAAAAAGUUCAUGAAGCAGAGAGCUUUGGAGAUCAACACCAGCAGCAGAUCCGACUCUGAAAUGGGCAUGGACGAUUCGAACGAGGGCAUGGAAACACCAAGAGUUCCGAUCAAGCGCGUUGUCAGUGGGAGGUUCCCCGUAAGGGUCAAUGGUGCCGGCCUGCCAGACCUCAGAUCGCCUGCUCUCGCGCGGUCCGGACCGCCCCCGAUCCCUACGCGCUCCCACUACCGCGGGCUAUCUCAACAGAACACUGCUCCAAGGAAGCCCGGGGUCAUGCCCUUGACAAUCGGUAAUGUGAACGAGCGCAUGCGAAGCAACUCGGAAACUUUGUCGCAAACCCCGCGAGCAGACAGGCCCGGCGAACGUUCUCGGCGCAUGGGCGUCGUCUCUCAAAAAGCCCAGCAGCUGGGAACACUUGACGAGACUCAGGCUAAUAACCGAUUUUCGCACUACCGUGGCCUCAGUCACGGCUCGGCGAUGCAAGGCAAUGGCCAAAUGCUUAAUGGCAAGAUGCCUGUCAGCCCCGCCGAAUCUAUACUUCAGCGGCCGAUAUACGUGCGUCGACUGUCGAUUUUGCCCGAACGGAGGCGCGAAUCCAAGUUUGUCGAUCCAGUGCUUGAGGCUGCCAAGGGCGUCCUCUACUCCAUCUUCCAGAUUCACCCCAUGAUCCAGAUGCUCAUGGGCUUGACGAGCGACGGGCUAGCUAAGCGCUCCAGUCUUGAGAUCGUCUUUUACAACACCAACUCUCAUGUGGAGGAGCUCGAGCAGGAGAUCCAACGUCACGAGGCCGAUGAGGAUGGAGCGUCCCAGUUUGAAAACGAGAGCGUGAUGCGCGCGUGCAUCACCCUGGUGAACGCUUACGUGCACGUUUGCUCAUUGCUUGCGAGCAAUGUCGACCUUUUCAUAGACAACGGUGACCCGCGCUAUAUUCGAACCUUGAUGAUGCAGCUCUACAAUAGCAUCACAGAGCUACGAGUGACGACAUCGCAUGUGCUUCCGGAAGAGGGACACCGUAGAGCCGCCAGCCGCACGGCCAUGAACUCCGGAACCAUCCGCCCACGUUCUCGCGAAAACACCGCCACCCCGACCGCAGAGAGGCCAAACGGGAUUCCCCGAAGUGCGGCUCGCGGAAACCUGACCCAUAAUCCGAGCAAUCUCAGGGUUACUACUGACGUUCCGCUUUCCAGCGUCCCGUACGUCAACGGGACUGGUCGCACGGCCACCAUUUCCUCGGCCACGCCCCGGUCGGGAGAGUCGUUUGUUUCCACAGGCAGCCGUGGUCUGUUGGGCGACUUCACCGAGGAGGAUCGUAUCUUUGAAAACAUCUUCUUGGCUCUGCAGAAGUCGACCGAUCUGGUAGUGCGGCUGUUGCCAGCGUUUAACCACCAAUAUACCAACGGCCUGCAAGCUGCUAUACAGCAUCGCAAUACUCGAGAGUCGCAGAUGUGGAAGGCAUUGAUAUCUAAGUGCUCAAUGACGAUCCAACAGACGGAGAAGCUCAAGACGCGUCUUUCGCUGAUUAAGCUCAAGGAGCCCGGAAUCAGGACUCAGGGCUCUUUCUGGAAUGACGUGCGCGAUUUUGUGGACUCUUGGGCAGAGUUUGGCAGCAAAGUCAGAGAGGUGGAAAAGCCACUGUCGCUACCAGCCGACACGAGGAUGCGCCUACGACCAUUCCAGAAGAGUAUUCAGGAGGCAUCGAAUCUUAUCCUACGUUCGCCGUGGGGCUAUUGGCUUCGACCGGGCCUGGCAACGUCGCACCAAAACGCUAAUGGAGGCAGCAUCUUUAGCCCAGGCGGUGCCGUGGACCCUCACGGCCCUGCGGGUUUGAACGGUGACCGACAGUAUCAGCAGAACGGGCAAUACGGAAACCCGAGCCACAACCAUCUCCAUCACAACCCUCACAUACAGCUUCCUAUGACACCUCAAAGCGCCGCAUUGGGCCCUGCAGCCCAAGCUACAGUGCCGGCAACACCACAGAGCGGCUCCUUCGCCGCAGCGCUGACUGGCAACGUAUUUGAGCGGGCGGAUGCGCUCAUGUCUCAGGGUGGCCCAUCAUCGAUACAUUCGCACUCCCGCCACGGAACUUUCACGUCCUCUACGUCAGGUUCUUCCGGCGGAAUGAGUGGUAGCUUCAACUCGAUUAACAGUACUCUAUCGUCAGCAACCAGCUACAACGAUGACAGGAUGGGAGGGCAUUCGGCUUCUUCAUCUUCAUCCGUCAUAAGUCCGGGCGGCCUUGGAGGCGGCCCUGGACCUAUGGCGUCUGCCUUCCCGUUCCGCAUGCAAAAUGGUGGUGGGAGGGUGGCGUUGUAG